AUGUUCACGUCCGCGCGGCGCUGGCUGCGCAACAACAGGACGCCCAUUGCCAUCGGCGUCGGCGUCAUUGGCGCUGCCUACUUGGCCACCCAGUACGUCUUGGACAAGAUCCAUGACGCGCGAGAGCGCAUGAGCAGCGAUCGUAUCGCAAAGGAAAAUUUGCGGCGUCGCUUCGAGCAGAACCAGCAAGACUGCACCUUUACCGUCCUCGCCCUCCUGCCCACCGCCACCGCCAACGUCAUGGCUGCCUUGGACACGGAAGCAAUCACGUACGAGAUUCAGAAAAUCAAGGCCUCGGCAAAGACUCUCAAGCCCGGCCUGUCCGAGUCGACGACUGGCCCGCCCAGCAUUGCCGACACCACCAUGACCGAGGAAGACGGCAAAAGCAUGGCCACGUCGGCCAGUUUGCACAGCGAGAGCGGCAUUCAUGCCAGCCAGAUUGCUAUCCCAGCACCAUCGUCUUCCGCCAGCCCCGCCCAGCAUGCUCAGCAGCAGCAUGCUCAGCAGCAGCAGCAGCAAGACGGUGCUGUCCUGCCACCCACCGUGUCCCGUAAAACAAAGAGGCAACUCUGGCAUGACUUGACAAUCAGCGCUGCCACUCGGGCCUUCACUCUCAUAUACACUCUCGCCCUCCUCACCAUGCUGACUCUCGUCCAACUCAACCUCCUCGGUCGACGGAGCUAUCUUUCCAGCGUCGUGGCUCUCGCCACUGGCUCUCAGCAAGCGACCAUCAGCCUCGAAAACAAUGACGACGACAACCCCGAGCAAGACUACGGCAGCGACUUUGAUACCAAUCGCAAGUAUCUCGCCUUCAGCUGGUGGCUUUUGAACAAGGGAUGGGUCCAGAUCAUGAGCAGGGUUGACAGUGCCGUACGCAGUGUGCUGGGCAGCCUCAGCCCCCGCGAUCUGCUGAGCUUCGAUCGGUUCAGCGAAUUGACCAUGGAGGUGCGGAAGCUAGUGGAAGGCAGCACUGCAGACGAGAGGAGACGCACCGACUGGUUGUCCGUCUUGCUGCCACCCCGUCACGAGGAGGAGGAAGUGAUUCGCCAGUCUGGCAUUCUGGAGGACAACUCGGUGCAGGGUGCUUGUCCUGCCGAGCCGUCUCCCGCGACACUCAGACGACUGCUGGAUGAGACGGCAGAUCUGAUAGAGUCACCUUCCUUUUCGCAUGUCCUAACCCUCAUCCUGGACGCCGCCUUUGAGGUUCUGGUGGACCAGAAACUGGCCGUCGAGGCAUUCGAGCUGCCCUCUCAGUCACCCUACCCCCCUCCGGAGUCGAUGCCGCUCCGGGAGUCAAGGGUCAUUUUGCUGCCAAAAGUCUUGUCAGUCCUGACACGGCAAGCCCACGUCAUUGGCAGCGGCGUGCCCAAUGACUACCUGCAGCGCAUGGAGACGGUUCGCGCUCUGGAGGCGUUUGCCGCAGUCGUGUACUCGAGCAACUGGGAGAACGAGAUCCGGCAAGAGGCCAUCAUGGACAGCGCAGCCAACAUGAGCAAGGACAAGACGCAGCCGCAGCUGACCCGGCCUCACGAGCAACAAAAGCAACCUGCGGCGGAUGAGAGCAUUGUCGUGGUAGAUUCAGCGGCGGGCGAGUUUGAGACUGCUUGGGAGAAGGCUCGUGGAAAGACAUCAUGA